AUGGGGUCGACGGCGAGCCAGCAGCCGCGCAAUGCCAUGACCAACGCGCGGCUGGGAGAGCUGCUGAGGCGGAAGCUGCCGGGGCUGUCGGGUUCCAAUGGGCAUUGGGAGGCCGAAGUUAUGCUCGACGGCGACCAGAAAUACCGUUUCUUUUGUAUGACAGAUGCCCGCCGGGGUGUGGACAGGAUGCGCUUCGUUGUACCUGUUGCCAAAAUAACAGGACAAACAGCACAAUCCAGCUUUCUGACAAAGUUGAUGAGCGCCAAUUUCCACAGCGCUUUGGAUGCACGGUAUGCCAUCGACCGUCAGUACAUUUGGAGCAUCUUUCUGCAUCCACUCAGUCCUCUCACGGAUGAACAAGUGGAAUCUGCCAUUUCCCAGGUGUUGAAUCUUGCUCAAAAUUAUGGCACCUCAUUCGCAAGCACGGAUCUUGUGUUUGUGGGUGGCGCUGGUAUGCAUCGUGGCGACAAGCCCCUAGAGCCCACUCACCAGUGGCGAGAGGAUCAACUGAGAG